AUGACCAACCUGCUCAAUGCCGGAGGCGUCGAGCUCGCCAUGAAAGCCCAGCCCAUGUGGUUUUUCGGCCAGGCCAUGAACCAGCCUCCGUGCAUCCCUACCUUUGCCACCACCAACGGCGGCCAGACUCCCUCUGCUGCUCUCUGCGCCUAUCCCAACAUGGGCUGCAACUGCCGCACUCCCGGCGUUCCCAUCACCAACGUUGCGCCAUCGUUCCCUACCUACUACAGCUACCAGAAGUGCACGGACACCACCAUCCGUAUCCAGUACUCUCUGUUCUACGAGAAGGACGGCGACUGGGAGCGUGUCAUCGUCGAGUGGUCCAAGGGCUCCGACGGAAACUGGGUCCCCGGUCAACUCCUCCUGUCCCAGCACUCCGGCUACGACCGCCUGAACUGGAGCGACAUCCAAAACACCUUCAACACCGAGGACGCCAGCCUGCAGCGCGGCGGUGACAACGGACGCCAGAACCUUGACCACCCCAAGGUCUACGUUGCUUGGAGCAAGCACGCCAACUUUGAUGACCGCAACACUGGCUGGAACGACCCUCUCUCUCAGCUCGACAACAACGCCUUCCGCAGCCAGGACUGGUGGUAUUUCCCCGUCGCCUCCGACUACCUCCGUGCCGACGGCUCAACGCCCCUCGGCCAGCAGAUCGCCAGCUACGACUGGGGCGACGCUUCGUCCUACCCUGCUUCUGUCCACGCCUCCCUCUGCUCCCAGUAG